AUGCCGGCUUCGCAAGCCAGUAUUGUCCAGAAGCUUUCCAACGCCCCUCAAGGAUGGACCCAGCAUGAUGUCAACGUCGACAAGACCAGUGCCAGGAUGAAAUUGCGUAUUCAUUUAGCGCAGCCGCGCAUUUCAGAGUUCCAGGACUUGGCUAUGAAGAUUGCCACUCCUGGCAACAAGCUGUACGGGAAACACCUCGCCAAGGACGAGGCAGACAAGUUCUUAGCGCCCACGCCUGAAUCUGUCCAGACAGUCCAGGAAUGGCUCAAGGACGCAGGUCUGGGUGACGCCGCAGAGCUAGAUGGCACAGGCGAUAACAUCCUCGUCCACGCCAGUGUUGCCGACGUUGAAAAGCUGCUUCAUGCUGAAUAUAGCCCAUUCGUUUCCCAACGUUCUGGAGAGGUCAUCAUGAGAACGCUCCAAUACAGCCUGCCAGACAACCUCAAGCAGCACAUUGACGUCGUCCAGCCCACGACAUACUUCGGCAUGACAUCCAGUCGUCUCACGCAAACAUCCCUUGGCGACGCUACAAAUACCCAAGCGUCAUGCGGAACUAGCAACCCAUCCUGUCUGUCGCAACUGUACAGCUACGGCAGUGCCAAGGCGUACUCCAACGGCCGCAUGGGAAUCGCUGGCUUCAUUCGCCAGUUCGCAAGCCAGUCUGACUUGGCUACAUUCAUGAAGCGCGAAGCCACGCAGAACAACACAGACCAGAGCUUCUCCUGUGUUUCCGUCAACAACGGCAGUUGCCAAGAGAAUAACCCUGGCAUUGAAGCCAAUCUAGAUGUCCAGUAUGCCCGAGCCAUCACCGAGAAGAUUCCCAACGUGUUCUACAGCACUGGCGGUUCACCCCCCACCAACGGCAACGUGUCCGACAACGAGCCGUACCUUGAAUUCCUCCAGUAUCUCUUGGGCUUGUCUGAUGAAGACCUCCCCAACACCAUUUCGAUUUCCUACGGCGACAUCGAAUACACGGUACCAAACGACUACGCCAACAAAUGCUGCGACUUGUUCUCCAAGCUUGGCGCCCGCGGCGUCUCCGUCCUCGUCGCCUCGGGAGACACUGGCGUCGGCAGCAGCUGCCCGGGAGGGAAAUUCGAAACCGCAUUCCCAGCCGCCUGCCCUUGGGUAACCACCGUUGGCGGCACAGAUGGCACGGGGCCUGAAAACGCCUGGUCUGGCUCCGGGGGCGGCUUCUCCGAGCUUUUCCCUCAACCCAGCUACCAGGCGGAUGCCGUGAACGGCUGGCUGAGGAAUGACCAGACGCACCAGAGUCAGACUCCUUAUUUCAACAGCUCUGGCCGUGCGUACCCCGAUGUUUCUGCUCUCGCCACCAACUUUCCUAUUGUCGUGAGCGGAGCCUUUGUCCGUGUCGGAGGGACGAGUGCCGCCUCCCCCGUGUUUGCCAGCAUUGUGCAGUUGUUAAACAGCGAUCGCUUGCUAAGCGGCAAGAAGCCUCUGGGGUUCUUGAACCCGUGGCUGUAUAGCCGUGCUGCUUCCGCGUUGACGUCCAUCACUCACGGUUCCAAUAAUGGUUGCCGGAACAUCAAUGGACAGGGAUUUCAGGCUGUCGAGGGAUGGAACCCUGUCACUGGCCUCGGCACGCCCAAUUUUGAGAAGUUGUUGGAGGUUUCGCAGAGCACAUAA